GUCCGUCAUCCCGAGAUAGCUAGCGAGCGGGCUAGCCGCAAUAGCGACAAUGUAGCCGCGAAGGCGCCGCCGCCGCACGUCCUGUUAGCGGCGUUCGAUAGCUGUGUGUUCCGCUCGCUGUUUCCAUGGUGUUGUGGUGAAUAGAAUGUUUGACCUCGGUUUGGUUCUUUAAAAGCCUUUGACGUACACUUUUCAUCGGCGCUCUGUCUAACCCGAGAGAAAACGAAGAUUUUGUGUGAGUUUUGUUGAAAUUUAGCGACGCUGCGUGUUAAAGGCCUAGCUGCCGUCUGUUAGCCGAAGUGAGCCACUCUGUCGGAGCAGGUGGGAGGGAACAGCUGCUGGUGUUGUAAACGUGCUUCCGACUAGCAAAUUUCCACGGUCGGCUAUGAACAAUGACCAUAGUUGACAGAUCAUCAGAAAAGUCUGACCACGAGUCAGUCGGGUGUAACCGAUCCUCCUUCACCAGUGGAGACGUGGGGAUGGACGGCAGUUGUUCCAGCAGCUGGGCAGUGGGCCCCACUGUGCCCGGCGACUCUCCAAGGCUCAAGGCUCCAGUAGGCUGCCUGGGCCCCACUCCUGGAGCUGCUGUGUACAAUACACCCUCCUCUGUAGACCGGCCCAAGGAGCAAGUGAUAAGCAGUGGCGAUGGAAUUGACUUGCCCCAGAAGGUCCUGUUCUCUCCAGAUCGGCUCAACCUAAAGUGGGCCCAGGUUCACCGCAUUGGUGCAGGCCUCCAGAACAUGGGGAACACCUGCUUCCUCAACUCAGCCCUGCAGUGUCUCACCUACACCCCUCCCUUAGCCAACUACAUGCUGACGCGGGAGCACUCCAAGACAUGUCACGAGCCAGGGUUCUGUAUGAUGUGCACCAUGCAAAACCACAUCAUUCAGGUUUUUGCCAACUCUGGGAAUGUCAUUAAGCCCAUCGGUGUACUCAAUGAGCUUAAAAGGAUUGCAAAGCACUUCCGCUAUGGGAGCCAGGAAGAUGCACACGAAUUCCUGCGGUACACAGUGGAUGCUAUGCAAAAGUCCUGCUUACCUGGAACCAAAUUGGACAGGCAAACGCAGGCAACCACUUUCAUCCAUCAAGUGUUUGGCGGGUACCUAAGAUCCAGAGUUAAAUGUUUAAACUGCAAAGCCGUCUCGGAUACAUUCGACCCUUUUCUGGAUAUCACUCUGGAAAUUAAGACGGCUCUGAGUGUCUCCAAAGCUCUGGAGCAAUUUGUCAAGCCAGAACAGCUGGAUGGCGAAAAUGCAUACAAAUGCACCAAGUGCAAAAAAAUGGUAACAGCCUCAAAGAGAUUCACAAUCCAUCGCAGCUCCAAUGUGCUCACCCUCUCACUCAAACGCUUUGCAAACUUCAGUGGAGGCAAAAUCACAAAGGAUGUGAAAUACCCAGAGUAUCUGGAUCUGCGCCCCUUCAUGUCUCAGUCCCAAGGGGAGGCCCAGCUCUACGGGCUGUAUGCCGUACUGGUUCACUCUGGAUUCAGUUGUCAUGCUGGACACUACUUCUGCUAUAUUAAGGCCAGCAAUGGUCAGUGGUAUCAGAUGAAUGACUCCUCUGUGUCAGUGAGUGACAUCAGGUCUGUCCUCAAUCAGCAGGCCUAUGUUCUCUUCUACAUAAAGUCCACAGAUGUGAAAAAACCUGGGGACUACAGCCACUUGAACCAUAACCCUGGCAUCUCUGGGCAGUCAUCUCCCCGACCGGUGGUGAUCCCACGCGUCAACACCACUGUCCACCACAACAGUGUUGGCUUCAUAGGUCCACAGCUGCCACCACACAUGACCAAGAGUUCUCUUCAUGUUAAUGGGAAUGGAUCUCUGAGGGACUAUCCCACGAGCUCCAAGGCCAGCACCAGCAGCAGUGUGGUGGGGAAAUCAAACCAUGGCCUGGCUGCUUCUUCUUCCUCUUCUAUCUCCCACUCAGUCAGCCGGCCCACAAUGAUUCCAGACAGCGACAAACGGCAGAAGCUUUCAUUUUCAAUUGGACAAAGCAAACUGAACCGCACAGCCUCUUCCUCCUCAUCCUCUUACUGCCAGCCGUCCUCUGCCAGCAGCUCCUCCUCAAGCUCCUUGUCCUCCUCACAGUCUACCUCAGACGUCCAACCGGACGUUCGUUUUAUUCCGCGUCCACUAAACCAAGUUAACGGCAUGUCUUGCAGUAACGGGGAUCACCACCCUGGAGGAAACGGCGCAUCCUUCCUGGUGCCGUACAGUCAAGAGUCUUCAGAGGAAUCAGACCAGGAGAACUGUGGCACUCUGGAUAACGGCAGUUUAUCCAAGUCUCAUCCUAAGGAAAGUAAAGACACAGGAAAUGUCUUUGACAGUUCUCCCAAAACCACCAAUGGGGAGUCAGCUGUGCACCAUAUUGGCAAUGGAUUAAAUGGACCAACUUAUGGAGUCUCCAAAUCCAACCAAAACGGACACCAUAAAGUGAAUGGACACAGCAGCCCUGAUAAGCUCACUGGCAAUAAUCACGGCAGUUUGAUGUCUGCGGCUCCUGUUGCUAAUGGACUAGGCAGCGACCAUAGCCAACCAAACAAAGAUGCACAUAACCCUGCCUCAUCCCAGGCCGGUUCUUCUCAGAGCAUUCAUCCUGCUGCUAAUGAGAGCCAGGAUUUCUCCACUCCUGACACAAGGGCUAAAACUCUGUCUGAACCUCUGCCUCAUAGUACAGGAUCCUCCGCCGCUAGCUCGCCACCCUCAGCUACUGCUACAAAUACCCCUUCUAUUGCAUCUAAAGAGUCUGCUUCCACUCUUUCUUCUUCUGGGCAUGAUGGCAACCCUGCGGCCUUAUCCCCUCAGCUGGACUGCUCUCAAAGCACCAGUGCGGCUUCUGCAGCUUCACAGAAGGUUAGCGCAAGCAAGGCUGAAGCCAAGGCGCUACCACAAGCUAAAUGUACAUCAACAGGGACUGAAGGACAUAAGGAUACUAAGGAGCAGUACCAGUCCAAGCCUAGCUCUAGAGGCAGUGAAAGACGAUCUUCCCGAGACAGGGAUAAGGACAGACUGCACUCUAGUUAUGGCAGAGAUAGAGAGAGGCACUACAGGGAUAGGAGUCACGAGCGAGAAAGUGACAGUGAUGGUCACCGGUACAGAAGGGACUACAGAGAUAACCACCAUCGCCAGUACAGAGAUCGUUUCCCUCCCCCCGGACGUUACUACAGGGAAUGGGAGGCCGAGCGCAACCGGGAGCGAACUUUCCAGCACCCUCGGGAGCGCGAUGGCGACCGGUGCUCUAACCAUUACCAUUACUAUCGUUACCGGUCGAGAGAGGAUGUGGACCACGAGCGAAGGGGAUACGGUCACUCCCACCGCGAGGAAUCACGCGGCAGUCGGAGGUGGCCUCAGGAGAGUCGAGACUCCUUGGCGAUGAAGGAUAAGUCCAAUGGCAAAGAGAGGGAAUAUUACCCUUCAAAGACUGAAACUUCUUCACCUUAUGCAGUGCCGGAAACAAACAAGCUCAAGGGCUCCCCGCCACGGGCUCGCCUUUCCUCUUUUGAUUCAGCUCCAAACAAGGAGGAUCAAAAUCACAAGAGGACCGAUCGCCUCAGCAGGGAGAGGGACGGCAGCUCUGAGGCUCGCCACACUAAAAAACACAAAAAGAGUAAGAAGAAGAAGAAAUCAAAGGAUAAAGACAGACACCGCGAGAGCGGGAGCUCUGACGGGGAUUCAGACAGACCUGCAGAAGCAAAAAAGAAGAAGAAGAAAAAGAGGCGGCACCGGGACAGCGACCCCGAACAGCACAGCCCGGACGCAGCUCGCAGCCACAGAAACAGGAGCAGCGAGGAAAGGGAGAGGCGCAAGCGGCAUUACGCUGACAUUAAGGACUCUAAACAGGAAGAUGGCUAUUCGCCGGAAAAACGGCGCCGCACAGAGGGCAGCGGCAGUCAUCUACUCCCCUCCCAUCACACCGCGCCAACAAACGGUUCAAAUUAUGGCCAUCUCAAUGGAUACACAGGUUACAGCCGCAGCGGCAGUGGAUUUUCCAGCGACCUGAAACACUGACUCUACACCAUUUUAACAACAGCAGAGGAAUGACAUCAACUUUUUUGAUGUGGUGCUUCUUCAUUGGGAAUAUAUUGUAUUUUUACCACAAGUAAAGUGUUUUAAAAACUUUUUUUUUUUUUUUUAAACUGGAGUUGAUUUAUUUGCCGUUAUUUCUCCAAGGUAAUGGUUAAAGAGAAACUGUCAUCUGUUGAACAUUUAUGAUGAAGAAUAUUAAUAUAUACUUGUAUGAACACAAAGCCUGGAGCUUAAACAUCUCAACUGCUGCUCAGUGGAACUCAGGACUUGAAAAACAUGUUAACAUCCAUCAGAUAUCCACCUGCUUCGAAGAGGAAUGACAUUUUCUUUAAAAAAAAAAAAAAAAAAAAAAAAAAAAAA